AGCGCAAUUUAGCUUGUGCCGAGUUGAGUCAGUUCAGGCGACGGUGGGAGGUAGAGUUCAGCUGUGUGUCAGGCGAGGCGAGGCGAAGCAACCCACCCAGCACACUCUUACUACAACUCGCUUCUUCUCGCUUGCGCAGCUCUAAGCUCGCCUUCUCCACCAUGGCUGGAACCGCUGACAAGACGACGUCCCAGCAGCAGUACCGCGUGACGGUGCGCCAAUCCGCGACGAUUUUGCUGCUCCUGUCGACUCUGUCUUUCGCCUCCGCCCAGCAAUCCCUCCCCGCCGCAACUAGCUCCCCCAUCGCCGCCACCGCCGCCACCGCCGUCGUCACCGCCGCCCCCGCGGCGAAAACGGCGCCGAUAGCAACGGCUGUGGCGGGCGCGCUGUCGACGUGCAGCAAGUCCGCCAUGGCUGGAUACACCUCCGCUCUCAAACUCGCCCCUAACGUCGUCCUGCACUGGAACGCCGCUAACGACGGGAAAACCAUUCCUUUCGCGGUCGAGGCCACGGGCGCCGCGGCUUCCGGGUGGGUGUCGGUCGCCUUCUCGUUCAACGGGCUCAUGGCGCCGUCCGACGCCGUCGUGGGGAACCUCGCGGGCAGCGGGGUCUCCGCGUACCGCGUGGCGAGCUACUCCACAGUGACGCCCACCAGCGCCAUCAAGCUCGGCGCCAAGAGCUGCGUCGCUGGCGCCGGGAGAACGGUCACGAAAUUCUCGAGGAGCGUGGGUGACGGGGGAGCGGUGCCUGUGCGGGUGAAGGGGGUGAAUAAGCUCAUCUGGGCGUACUCUCCGAAUGGCGGGAAGUCAGUCGGCUAUCAUGGAUCGAACAUUGGCAGCACGCAGGUGGACUUCUCCUGCAACGGCGCAUCGCCCAAGAGUCCGACGCCCAGCCCCCGGCCGUCGCCUUCCCCUCCUGUGCCCGUUGUGCCGCCUUCCCAGCGCUCCAAGCUCUGCCCCUGGUCCUCCUACCCGGGAUUCACCUACAUGGUCCAGCUCAAGCCUCUGCUGUUCGUGCACUGGCGUCAGGUGUCUCCCAAGGUGAUCGAAGUGGCCAUGGAGGCGAAGCCAGGCAGCGGCGCCAACAACGGCUGGCUGUCGCUCGCUUGGACCAACAAUGGCAAGAUGGCUCCUGCUGAUGCUGUCAUCGGUAACCGCAUGGGCGGCACGCUCGGCAGUUACCUCAUCACUGGUUACACGAUGCAGUCAUUGAAGCCUGCAACAUUCUCACUGGGGAACUACGCGACUGUGUUUAAGAGGAAUACGGGGUCUACUGUGAUGAUGUUUCGCCGUGGUGCAGGAGGCGGCACAGUUCCUGUGAGGCCAACUGGACUCAACAAGCUCAUUUGGGCUCACUCCCCCUCGAACAGCAAGACACUUGCCUUCCAUGGUGGCAGCUAUGGACAUGCAACCAUCGACUUCUCUUGCAAAGUUGCCCCUGUGGCCGGUGGCGGGGAUGAUGAUGAUGAUGACCAUUAGACAAAGUAUGUCCUGUUUAAGCACCAUGUGGAAGGUAAUUUGCAAGCUAGAGAGUGCUUCUGCAAGGUGGACUAAGAAUGUGGAAGCCAUAUGAUGGUGCGUCUACCGUAAAUCCAUUUUGUGGGCUUGAUGCUUGUUCUAGUGCCUAGGCAGGAUGCAACUUCGUGCUAUUCACUUGUAUUCUUGGAGGUGUAUGCUAAAGCGGUGAUCCA